AUUCCGCUCGGCGGCGAGCGGGACGGAUCGAUCCCCCAAACCAUCCGCGCCGCCGGAGAAAGGCGGCGCCUUUCCUGCCUUGUGACAAGUUCUUCGGCGAAUGAUGACGGCGUGGGAGCGCGCCAGGCGCGCUCUCGCCACCAGGCUCUGCAUGCGCUUCCCAGCGAGGCACGUGGCCGUCGAGGACGUGCCGCGUGGGCUGGAAGACGUGGUUGAGCCGUUCCCUGCGGCGGAGGAGGAGGCGGAAGAGGAGCAGCAGCAGGAUGAGAGGGAGAAGUCGGUGGGCGUUGUGUCCCCUGCGCCGGCGUCCGCGCGGCGGGCGUCCAGGUCCGGGAGCCGGAGUUCCGCGAAGAUAUGUGCCAUUUGCCUCGGUGCCAUGAAGUCCGGUCAAGGCCAAGCUUUGUUCACUGCUGAAUGCUCCCACAAGUUCCAUUUCCACUGCAUCUCUUCAAAUGUGCAGCACGGCAACAAAGUCUGCCCUAUCUGCCGUGCUUUAUGGAAGGAGCUGCCUUUCCAGGGACCUCUGAUUUCAGAUGCUGCUCAUGGGACAGCCAGAGUAAACCCAUCCAGGUGGGCCCAGGCGGGCAUGUUAUCUGCCAAUCCGCUGGACGAGCUCCCAGUCUUCCGCACUCCGGAGUCUGCAGUUUUUGAUGACGAUGAGCAGAUAAAUCCUCCGUCCGAAAGCCAUGAUGGGGAUGAGACUCCUGCUUCACUUGAGAUCACGACACACACUGAAUUCCCAGCCGUUCAAGAGACCGUGGCACAGGAGAACUUUGCCAUCUUGAUCCACCUGAAGGCUCCGCCUGCGUCGGCGUCGAUUGGCACCCGCGCGCCGCUGGACCUGGUGACCGUGCUUGACGUGAGCGGGAGCAUGGCGGGCACCAAGCUUGGGCUCCUGAAGCGCGCCAUGAGGUUCUUGAUCCAGAACCUUCGCCCUAUCGACCGGCUCUCCGUCAUCGCCUUCUCCACGUCGGCUUGGAGGCUGUUCCCGCUCCGGAAGAUGACUGAGUUCGAACAGGACCAGUCGCUGCAGGCUAUCAGCUCCCUUGUCGCCAAUGGUGGCACCAACAUUGCUGAAGGGCUGUGGAAAGCUGCCAGGGUGAUGGAGGACAGGCAGGCGAGUAACCCCGUGUCCAGCAUCAUCAUCCUCUCGGACGGCGUGGACACCCACACCCUCCCGCAUGCACCGCGGAACGGCCCGCCGCUGGACUACGGGCGGCUCGUCCCACGCUCGAUCCUCCCCGGGAGCGGCCACCACGUGCCGAUCCACGCCUUCGGCUUCGGCUUGGACCAUGACUCGAGGGCGAUGCAUGCCCUCUCCGAGAUGUCCAGGGGCACGUUCUCGUUCAUCGACGACGCCGUGGGCUCCUCGAUCCAGGACGCGUUCGCGCAGUGCAUGGGAGGCCUCCUCAGCGUGGUGGUGCAGGAGGCGCAGCUGAGCAUCGAGUGCGCCGGCGAAGGCGUGCUGGUGACGUCCAUCAAGUCCGGCGGCUACGCCAGUGGAGUGGAUGGCAACGGGCGCGGCGGGUUCGUCGACAUCGACCACCUCUACGCCGACGAGGAAAAGGACUUCCUGGUCACCGUGCGCGUCCCGGCCGCGCACGGGGACACCGAGCUGAUCCGGGCAAGCUGCGAAUACCGCGACGCGGUCUCCGGGGAGACCGUCCAGGUGGUGGGCGACCUGGUGACCGUCCCUCGCCCGCCGGGCCCCGUGACCGCGGCGAUGUCGCUGCAGGUGGAGCGCGAGUGGCACCGCGUCCACGCCACGGAGGACAUGGCCGCGGCGCGGGCCGCCGCGGAGGAGCACGACUACGAGCGCGCCGCGUCAAUCCUGGAGUCCCGCCGCCUGGCGUUGGAGUCGCACGCGCCGCUGUCCUCGGACAGGCAGACGCAGGCGCUGGUGGCGGAGCUGCGGGAGAUGCAGGAGCGCGCGCUCAACUCCCAGAGGUACAACGAGUCCGGCCGCGCCUACAUGCUGUCCGGCCUGAGUUCCCACUCGUUCCAGCGCGCCACGGCGCGCGGCGACUCGACGGAGCUCACGGGCCUCGUCCACACCUACCAGACGCCGUCCAUGGUCGACAUGCUGCACCGCUCCCAGGCGCUCCUGCCGGAGGUCGUCGUGGCGCUGAACCGGUCCCCGACGAUCGCGCUGUCGCGCAACCCGCCGCCCCCCGUCGUGCAACGCAGUGUCCGGCCGUCGUUCAGGGCGACCAAGUCCUUCACCGGGCGGUCAUCGUGAUUCAGGUUUGCUGCUCCAUUGGCAUUGCAUGCAGGCGGUGGCCUGAUGGCGUCUUGACUCUUGAGGUAGCAGUAGCUAGCUAGGAGGGAGGAGAGAAGAAAACCAUUAUUUCGUUUCUUUGAUACUGUUUGUUAUUGCAGGGAGGAUUGCUUUGUACUGUUGUCUGGUCGUUGAUUAAUUAAUCUUG